CAGCGCCCGGCUGGAGUUCGCGAAGUGACGGGCCCGGCGCGGGGACGCGGACGGGCUCCGCCGCCGCUGCCCCCCCCCCCGCCCCGCUCGCCGCCACCGCCCGGGUCCCCCCCCCAGCCGACCCCCCCAGCCGACCCCCCCGCCUCGCCCCCCUCCAUGCCGCUGGGCCUGGGCCGCCGCAAGAAGGCCCCGCCGCUGGUGGAGAACGAGGAGGCGGCGGGGGGCCGCGGCGGGUCCCCGGGGCCCCUGGGCGCCGGCGGCUCGGGACGCCCCGCCGGGGGCUGGCGGCGGGGGGGCGGCGGCGGCGGCCCCCCCGGCGGCCUCGUCCCGCCGCCGCCGCCCGCCGCCCUCCUCCGGCCCCGCUUGGUCUUCCACACGCAGCUGGCGCACGGCAGCCCCACGGGCCGCGUCGAGGGCUUCGGCAACGUGCGCGAGCUCUACGGCAAGAUCGCCGAGGCCUUCGGCAUCCCGCCCGGCGAGGUGAUGUUCUGCACCCUCAACACGCACAAGGUGGACAUGGAGAAGCUGCUCGUGGGCCAGAUCGGCCUCGAGGACUUCAUCUUCGCCCACACCAAGGGGCAGCGCAAGGAGGUCGAGGUCUUCAAGUCCGAGGAGGCCCUGGGCCUCACCAUCACCGACAACGGCGCCGGCUACGCCUUCAUCAAGCGCAUUAAGGAGGGCAGCGUCAUCGACCGCAUCGCCGUCAUCGGCGUCGGGGACAUGAUCGAGGCCAUCAACGGGCAGAGCCUGGUGGGCGCCCGCCACUACGAGGUGGCCAAGAUGCUCAAGGAGCUGCCCAAGGGCCGCACCUUCGCCCUCAAGCUCACCGAGCCCCGCAAGGCCUUCGACAUGAUCAGCCAGCGCGCGGCGGGAGGCAAAGGUGGUGGCACCCAACUGGGCUCCGGCCGGGGCACCCUCCGCCUCCGGGCUCACGGUCCCGCCACCGUGGAGGAGCAGCCCUCGGCCUUCGAGGAGAGGGCCGUGGCCAAGGUGGACGACCUCCUCGAGAGCUACAUGGGCAUCCGUGACACCGAGCUGGCGGCCACCAUGGUGGAGCUGGGCCGCGACGCCCGCGACCCCGACGCGCUGGCCCAGGCCCUCGACGAGCAGCUCGGCGACUUCGCCUUCCCCGACGAGUUCGUCUUUGACGUCUGGGGGGCCAUAGGCGACGCCAAGGUGGGGCGCUGCUAGGGGGGCGGGGGGGCGGACCUCCCCCCCUCCCCCCCGGCCACCCGCCCCCACCCCGCUGGGGACACCGGUGUGACACCCUCCCCUCCCCCCUGCCCUGACCCCCAUAACUGAGGAGCUUGGGGGGGGGGGGAGGAACCCUCCACCGUGGGGUCCAGCACCAAGCGGGUGGACCCCCUCCCCAUGGAUCGGGGACCCCCCCCCCGGAUCAGGGACCUGCCCCCACCAUGGAUCGGGGACCCCCCCUAUGGAUCAGGCCCCCCCCCAAACACACACACACACGCUGGGGAGCCCCUAACAUCUGGAUCUGCCCCUGUGCUGGAUUCCCCCCACAUCUGGAUUCCUCCUUGGAUUGGGGACCUCCCCCCGCCCCCCAAAAUAACUGGAGCCCCCCCCCAGCACUGAGGACCCCUCAACAUCUGGAUUGCUCCCUCUGCACUGGAUCCCCCCACAUCUGGAUCUCCCCCCAUGGAUCGGGGACCCCCCCAUGGAUUAGGGAUCCCCCCACACUGGGGGAUCCCCUAACAUCUGGAUUGCUCCCUCUGCACUGGAUCCCCCCACAUCUGGAUCCCCCACAUGGAUCGGGGACCCCCCCAUGGGUUAGGGAUUCCCCCACACUGAGGGAUCCCCUAACAUCUGGAUUGCUCCCUCUGCGCUGGAUCCCCCCACAUCUGGAUCCCCCCCAUGGAUCGGGGACCCCCCCAUGGAUUAGGGAUCCCCCCACACUGAGGGAUCCCCUAACAUCUGGAUUGCUCCCUCUGCGCUGGAUCCCCCCACAUCUGGAUCCCCCCAUGGAUCGGGGACCCCCCCCAUGGGUUAGGGAUCCCCCCACACUGGGGGAUCCCCUAACAUCUGGAUUGCUCCCUCUGCACUGGAUCCCCCCACAUCUGGAUCCCCCCCAUGGAUCGGGGACCCCCCCAUGGGCUAGGGAUCCCCCCACACUGGGGGAUCCCCUAACAUCUGGAUUGCUCCCUCUGCACUGGAUCCCCCCACAUCUGGAUCUCCCCCCAUGGAUCGGGGACCCCCCCAUGGAUUAGGGAUCCCCCCCACACUGAGGGAUCCCCUAACAUUUGGAUUGUUCCCUCUGCACUGGAUCCCCCCACAUCUGGAUCUCCCCCCAUGUAUUGGGGACCCCCCCAUGGAUUAGGGAUCCCCCCCACACUGAGGGAUCCCCUAACAUCUGGAUUGCUCCCUCUGCACUGGAUCCCCCCACAUCUGGAUCUCCCCCCAUGGAUUGGGGACCCCCCCAUGGAUUAGGGAUCCCCCCCACACUGAGGGAUCCCCUAACAUCUGGAUUGUUCCCUCUGCACUGGAUCCCCCCACAUCUGGAUCUCCCCCCAUGGAUCGGGGACCCCCCCAUGGAUUAGGGAUCCCCCCCACACUGAGGGAUCCCCUAACAUCUGGAUUGCUCCCUCUGCACUGGAUCCCCCCACAUCUGCGUCCCCCACCCAUGGAUCGAGGACCCUCCCCCCCAUGGAUUAGGGACCCCCCCCGCACUGGUGAGCCCUCAACAUCUGGGUCCCCCCUCUGCACUGGAUCCCCCCAAAUCUGGAUUUCCCCCUCCACCAUGGAUCAGGGAUCCUCCCCCCCCCCCCGCCGUGGACCUGGGGCCCCCCUCAACAUAGGACCCUCCCAUAAAUUGGGUGACACCCCCCCCCAUAACCUGGGAGCCCCCCAUGGACGUAAGGGUCUCCCUACAUAGGAUCCCCCUACCAUAAUGUAGGCGCCCCCAAUGGCCCUGGGUGUCCCCACCCCCCCAAAAAAUAGGAUGCCUCCAUAAUCUGGGCCCCCCCCCCACACUUGGGACCCCCCCAACCUGUGACCUGGGUGCCCUCCCCCGCCCCAAACCUCACCCCUGCAAUCUGGCACCCUCUGAUGGACGUGGGUGUCUCCCCCCAACUCCGGAGUGCCCCCCCAACCUUAGGACCCCCUUCCAUGGACCUGCGUGCGCACCACCCUGGGGUGCUCACCCCCCCCCCCCCCGCAUAACCUGGCACCCUCUGAUGCACCUGGGUGCCCUCUCCAACCUGGCAAUGCCCCCCCCAAACUGUCUCCCCCAAAAGCCCUGGGUGCUCCCAUCCUGUGGACCCCCCCCCCCGAUAACCUGGGACCUCCCCAAGGACCUGGGUGCCCCCACCAUGGGGUGCCCCCCCCCUUUGAGGACCCCACCACUAUGACCUGAACCCACCCCCCCACCCACCAAAGGACCUGGGUGUCUCCCUCUGCUCCCCCCCUCAGGACCACCCACCCCCAUAACCUGGGACCUCCUCAAGGUCCUAGGUGCCCCCCACCCCGGGGUGCCCCCCCCAUCCCCCCUCCCCUGAGCGAUGUCCCCGUGACACCCACGUCCUCCCCCCCCCCCCAGAAGCAGGGUGAGCUAUGAGGGUCCCCCCCCUACUUCGACCCCCUCCAAAGGGCUUUUUUUGGGGGGGGGGGGGAGGGAGAGGGGACUGGAGCCACCCUGUCCCCCCCCCCACACACCCCACCUCUCCGGUGCCAAUCUGAGCCUGUCACACACUGUCACCCCCCCCCCCAAAACGCCCUGCCCCUCCCCCCGGCACUGACUACCUCGGGGGAGGCCGGGGGGUCCCUUCCCCCCCCCCCCCCCCCCUUGCUGGCCUUGUCACUGCUGUGUCCCCUGGAGCUGGAUGGGGGGGGGGGGGAAGGGAGACCCCCGGGGUGUCACCUGUUGUCCCCCCCCCCCAGCUGUAUUUUUGUAUUUUACAUGUAAAGUGACUUUAACGUAAAAUAGAGCAAAAUUGGGA